CAUCGAAUUAGUUUUAAAUAUUGGGCAACAAAAUAUUCAGCAGAAAAAUAUUCUGUAAUAUAUAUAUAUGAAACUAUGUACUAUUUUAUGAAAAUAUUUAUUGUAGUUACUGUACUCAAUAAUGUUCAGUGCUCUGAUAAUAAUGAGUCGAAUGAUAUGAAAAAUAUCUUUGAUUCGAAGAGUUCUACAGAAUUAUAUAAAAGAUUAUUCAAAUUGAGGCGAGUAGAUCAUAAAAAUGCAGUGGAUAACAUUAGAAAAAUGGAUAAUUAUGAAAAGCAAUAUAAUAUGGUGAAAAUAGUCACAAACCAAUUAUUUACGACACUUAGAAAUAGCAGAGCAACUCUGGAAUCAUCUGGAUAUAUUCCUGGUAUGACAGAGUUUCCAACAAACAAAACUACUUUAGAAGCUCUAUCGAGCAUGUUAGAAAAUACAGCAUUAUUUGGUGAUGUUAUGCUUCAUCUUCCGGACAUAACACAACAUUUGCUGUUUUUCAAUAACCAUUGGAAGGUUUUGUACGAAUGGUGUUUAGGAUUUGCUAAUGAGUCAAAAGACUUGUUAGAUAAUAGUACUAUUAAACUUUUUUCAUUGGUUAUUCAAGAAAUGUAUCCAGAUAAAAGGAAUGAGAAUUAUAUUAAUCCAUAUUGGAAGAGUGAAACUAAGAGAAAAUAUAAUAUUGAGAGUUCUAAGCAAAAACCUAAAGCUAAGAAGAAAAUCAAAAAGGUCCUAGACUUUAUAAUGAAUUAUGAGAUCUGA